UAACCGAAUCCCAUCAUGCUUUGCUGUGCCCGCCGACCCAACGCGAGGCUAACUGGCGUUAGCUACCGGGGAGCGGACAUGUUGUUCCGUCCUUUCCUGGAAUAAACAUCGUUUCACCAGGAUUUCGGGAGUUAAGGGAGAAGCCAGGUGCAUCUGGCAAUCAUGGAGGCCGUGAACGCCUUUAAUCAGGAGUUAUUCUCCUUGAUGGACUCCAAGCCUCCUAUAUCUCGAGCAAAGAUGAUCUCCAUCACCAAAUCAGCCAUAAAAGCUAUGAAACUCUACAAACAUGUGGUCCAGAUUGUGGAAAAGUUUAUCAAAAAGUGUAAGCCCGAAUAUAAAGUUGCUGGCUUGUAUGUGGUUGAUUCCAUUGUGAGACAGUCCAGGCACCAGUUUGGACCAGACAAAGACGUGUUUGGUCCAAGGUUCACCAAAAAUAUCACAGGAACCUUCGAGAACCUUUGUCUCUGUCCCAUAGAGGACCGGAGUAAGAUUGUGCGGGUUCUGAACCUGUGGCAGAAGAACGGAGUGUUUAAGAUUGAGGUUAUUCAGCCGCUUUUGGAUAUGGCUGCAGGUUCUGGCAGUGGUGCUGCUUCCAUCACACACACAGAAGAGCCAGGUUCACCACCGUCUCCAGCCAAAGAGCCUGUUACCGUAGUAACAGCCAACUCUACCCCAACAACCGCUCCUCCACUACACAACUCUGACGCCCUUGCUGCCGUAGCACAGCUUUUCCAGUCUUCGCAGGGUCAGCAGCUCCAGCAAAUGCUUCAGAAUUUUCAGCAGCAGGCAGUUAAGCCUGAUACCAACACUCAGCCUCUUCUGCCGACCGCUCAAAUGCCAGUUCAAAGCGCGCCUACUGGCCUGGCUACGGUUGCUGCCCAGUCUCACCUCUCCUCGCCUCAGCCUCCUCCAUCCGUCCACUCCACACAGCCGGUCCAGCAAAAGACGGCUUUUGACAUGAAGUUGCUGGAUCGUUUUGACUAUGAUGAUGAACCAGACGUUGGAGAGGAAACUAAAAAGGAUGAAGCCUCCUCACAGCCCCCUUUUAUGCAACAACCUCCAGCCUUUCCUCAGCACAUGGAGCACUUUAAUACACAGAUGAUGAAUAUCUCACAAGACAUCACACAGCAGGUUUCAGUGCCUCCUAACGGCCAGCUGCAGGCUGGUGUUGUUCUGCCAGGACAAGGCUACCCUGUUACCAUGCCAACGAUGGGGCACUCUCUUCCAGGGCACCACAUUCCAGGUUCAGCUGGGCUUCCAGGGUUCCCAGGGAUAUACCCUCCUCAAAACGCUGCCCAGCAACAACAGGACUCCUCAGUGGAUAUGGACCAUUCAUCAAUGAGAGAUGGCCGGCAUGGACGACGGUCCCACUCAGGCUCAAGAUCUCCAAAGAGGAGAAGGUCUCGGUCCAGUUCUCGCUCCCGACGGUCCAGGCACAGGCGAUCUCGCUCCCGUUCCAGAGAUCGUCGCCACCACUCACCUCGCUCUCGCUCACAGGAGCGCCGGGAAAGAGAGAGAGAAAGAGAGCGGCGGCAGAAAGGCCUUCCGCCGCCCAAGAGCGAGACUCUGAGCAUUUGUAGUACUACACUGUGGGUGGGUCAGCUGGACAAGAGAACUCAACAGCAAGACGUUGCCUCGUUGCUUGAAGAGUUUGGACAGAUUGAAUCUAUAAAUAUGAUUCCUCCAAGAGGCUGUGCUUACAUUGUCAUGAUACACAGGCAAGAUGCAUACAGAGCACUGCAGAAACUCAGUAGAGGUUCGUCAAAAGUUAACCAGAAAGCAAUUAAGAUUGCUUGGGCUUUGAACAAGGGUAUAAAGCCUGAUUUUAAACAGUACUGGGAUGUGGAGCUGGGUGUCACCUACGUACCCUGGUCUAAAGUCAGAGAGGAGCAGUUAGAGGAGCUGAAGGAGGGAGGAAUGCUGGAUAUGGAUACCUUAUCACCAGACUGGAGCAGCAUGAGAAAGACCUUCGACCACCUUGAGGAACCCACACACAAUGGCCGUUCUGAGCAACAGCAGCCAGAGGAGACACAAGUGUUACCGAUGGCAGUUGCAGCUUCUCAUCCUGUACAAGUCCCUUCAUUGCAGCAGCCAAUGGUUGCUAUGGGUUCCCUCCAACCUCCGGUCUUUCCUGGUCCCAUUGGGAUGCCUCCACCUGGCUUUGCUCCAGGCAUUCCCCUUCCUCCUUUCAUCAGACCUGGCUUUAACCCGUUGCAAAUGCCCCCAGGUUUUCCUGCCUCGGGACCUAUGCCCCUCGGUCCACUACCUUCUUCCAAAGGUGGAGUUGAUGACCCGCCUCAAGACCCAGCAGGUCAGGGCGCCAAGAAAAAUGAUGAGGUCCGGGAGGGUCCAAAUUUAUUUAACCAUCAAAUGGGGCACAUGGGACCUCCAGGAGGUUUUCCAGGUGGACCUCUAACUAAUUCUACUGGUGGUCACCCCGUUGGUCUUCUUGUAGGACAUCCUGGCGGUCCUCCGGUUGGACAUCCUGGUGGCCCCCCAGUCGGACAUCCCGGCGGUCCCCCAGUCGGACAUCCCGGUGGGCUCCAAGUCGGACAUCCCGGCGGCCCCCCAGUCGGUCAUCCAGGGGGACCUCAAGUCGGACCUCCAGGUCCAGGUGGACACCCUGGAAACAUCCAGUCCCCUCUUGGGGGUCUACUAGGUGCCCGACCUGGUAUGAUGCCACUCCAGCGCCCCCAGGGUCCACCGCCAUCACACAUGCAACGUUUUCCUCCACCCCAAGGGCAAAGACCACCUCACCCCAACGUCCCCCCUGGCCCGCCACAGUUGAUACCCAGGGGGCCACAUCCUCAAAUGAUCCGCCACGAGCCGCCACAACCUAAAGGAGGAUUUGGGAUGCCCCCUCCACAUAACAUGAGAGGUCCCUUCCCUCGAGGACAUGGCCCGCCCCCUCAAGGUCCUGCCCCGUUUACAAGACCGGGUGGUCCUAGAAGCUUCGAAGGGCAGGAGGAAAUGGAUGACAGACCGCUCAGGGGUGACAGGCCAGGGUUCAGGGAUCGAGAACAGGAGAGGGACAGAGACUGGGAUCGAGACAGAGAGAGGGACAGAGGAUUUGGAGGGGGAAGGCGUUUUGGUGAUGGAGGCAGAGGAGGGAGUAGUGACAAAAUAGAUGGGCGGGACAGGCUCGGAGGUUGGCAGGAAGAUGUAGGGAAUUCCCGCGGAGGUGGAUGGGAGAGAGACAGAGACCGAGAUCGGGACAGAGAUAGACGGGACUGGAGAGAGAGGCGAGGCAGCCUUGAUAAAGACAGAGAUCGAGGCCGCAGUGACGAUGGGGAGAGGGAUCGAGUCAGAGCGGAGGGAGGGGAAAGAAGCAGAGGAGAAGGAGGCAGCCGGGACAAAACCAGAGCGCCUGAAGUCAAAGCAGACAAACCGAGACGGUCGGAGCGACGAGAGAGGACGUCGCGGUGGGAUAAAGACGAUCGACUGGCCGAACUGGAAAACAUGGACAAAUUCCGGAGCUCUAACAGCACGGAACAACCUGGUGGGACUCCUCUGGUUACGGUGGAAACCAGGAAAGAGCCAAAUGGGGAAGCCACUAAAAAGAAGGAAGAGUCAGAACAUUUACUUGCCGGGCCGAUUCCAAUUGCUGAAAAUGCCCAAUCAUCCGAGUCUAAAGAGCUGGCUCAAAAUGAGUCCACAGCAACAAAAGAAGAAAAAGAUGCAGCAGCAUCAUAGACCUUCAACCUGUGACUGCUGUGAAUGAGAGAAACUCCGAAAAAAGUUUUGUUCACUGUAAUAGUCUCAGUUCUAACUAGUGACUGUUCGUCAGAUGAUAGUUGACAGUUCCUGGGCGGUAGCACAUCCCCCACCACGUUGUCAAGCAAAUGAAAUCAGAUCUGUUGAAACAUCACGUUGCGAGUAUAAUCUGGCCUGGCAUUUUGGUUUCGUUUUGAUCAAUAGUUAGAUACUCACUUGUUUUUUAUUACAAUAGUUUGCAUACAGAUUGGGGAAAUUAUUGCUGUCCCACUUUUAUUCAUACUUUCAUGUCAUCACCUUGAGGAAGGAGCUUCUCAACAACAAAUUAGUUCUGUUAUGGAGUCACUUUUAAAAUCUGCAACACUGAAAAUGAUCUAAAUUGAAUGUACUGUAAUGGGGGCUUCAAUCUUUUCUCCUUAUCACUGCUUAUGACAUUACCACCGCCAAAAGACAGAAUCAAAGGAUUUUAUUUCUAAGGAAACAAAUGUGCAUUUGACGACAUUACCACAAGAGUGUUUCUUUUAUUUUGUUUACUUUUAAGGCAAAAAUAAGGAAAAUAUAUGACUAAUCAGAGAAACACAUGUAGUGUUAUAAAUUUUCAUUUUUUACAUAUUCAAGAAUAUAAUUUAAUGCUACAUAAAUGAACAAUGGUCAUGACUCAGCUGGGAUAUUUCCAUUAAAAAUAGUUUUCAGAACUGGAACUAUGAACGACAGCUAUUAAAAAACAUCAGAAAAAAGAUAAGUUUGAUUUGUCAAAAAGCCAAAAUUUUGUCAAACAUUUGAUACAUGUCGGAUACUUUGUUGGUCAAAUAUUAAAUGUUUGCAAGUUAAAUUUCAUAGAAAAUGUAAGGAUGUCUAAUUCUCCCCACUCUAAGUUCACAACUUUUCAGCUUCUAUUUUCAUUAAUUUUUAUAAUUGUUAAAACAAUUAUAAAAACACAGGUUUGGUUUCAAUCUGUAAAAAAGAGACAAUUUGGAUUUGUGAGAAAUUUAGAACAAAUAUGUUUUCUAUCAAUGUUAAAAAGACUAAAGAAAAGAAAAAAGAAAAUUGUUGAAUUACCUCACUUUUCUGUUGCCUGCUUGACUUUUUUUAUUUUUUAUAACCUCUAUUAUUUUUACUGUUGAGCAAAUGGUGGUUGUCAGAUUUGUCUCCUUUCAGCAAAGUUGUCUGUCAAAAUAAAAACUGUAUUAUUCAAAAAACUCAAGCUAGUUUCCCAAUUGAAAACACAUCAUAUAACAUUACAGAUUUCUUUCAUUUUGAAACCCAGAAUCAGCAAUCUAAUAAUUUUACACUGAGUUAUGUAAAGCAGAAAUGCUGAAAAAUGAAGGCCGCUGCCUAGGACACUGCUGUAAAUAUGCUUUUGUCACUGAUGACUUUAAGUUUUAAUGGUAAUAGUUGUUAAUAUUCUGUGAUUUGCGUAUCUGAAACACAUUGACACAAAAAGAACCACAGAUACAAGUUGCUUUAACGUUUUUAACUCCUAGUGGUCUGGAAAAUGACAGAUGUUUCUAUGGUUUCUUUUCAGUAUGAAAGACAUGGACAUGAUAUCGUCAACAUUUCAGCCAUAGGAACUUGUUUUUAAUAAACUAUUUUUGUACCAAAUGUUUUUUGCUUCUUUUAACCUGUGCCUAACUCUUGAUUAUAUACUUGUUUUUGUUCAGCUUUGUCAGAUAAAUGCUCAAGUGUGAAAUAUGUAACCUGCCUGUGCAAGUUUUUGGACUAAGCUUCGUGGUUAAAAAGAAUAACGUGAUUCUUUAUUAAAAGUGAGGUCUUAUCAUAAAAAGUUAAUUGGC